CCCACUCCCUGGCUUGGGCCGAUCGACUCAACAACAUCCAACUCGAAAGGUCGAAGGACGGAGUCACACACAGAAAAAAAUAAUAAUAGCAUGAUGGCCGAGCCGAUCCCAGUCCCACUGGAUAUCGAGGCACUUUCGGCUGAGAUCUUCGAUUCGAUUAACGAACAGUUACAAAUUGGGCUAGGAAUCGAAAUCGGAAUAGGAACGACCACCGAUCAACAUGAGGAGAAUAAUACUACACCAACCGUAGAAGGGGAAGACGAAGAAGAUCAGAUGAUUAUCGAUACUAACUCACUCGACUACCAUCUACAACAAGCAGUAGCAGAAGAAUCACUUAAUAACACUCUCAUCAAUCAACACCAGCAACAGUCAUCAUCAUCAUCAAAUCCUUCCUUGGAUGAACUAUUCAAUCAGUCAGAUGUCUCAGAACUCAUUCAGUCACUACUACGUGCCACUCUCCCUCAACCAGAACUAUCGCUAGAACAAGAACCAUCACUAGAACUAGAACCAUCAACAGAACCACUACCAGAGCCACAAUCGCUAGUAAACUCAUCGGAUUUGAACAGUCAACCAACGACUGCUAUCAUAGACCCAACUCUCGAAUCUACCUCCCCACCGAUCACCCUCUCAGCACCUCACUCACCACAGCCGAGUCUCAGAUCAGAUGCAUCAACCUCACAACUACCCUCGCUUAUACCGAUCCCACAACUGCACCAACAACAACAACCACAGCAGCAGCAGCAGCAGCAGCAGCCAAAUACACCCAAACCUACAUCUUCUACCACCACCCUCACCCCAGCCAACAUCAAGAUCUCUUCCCUAGACCAACUAGCCAAUCCCCCACUUGGCCAACAACCCAACUACCCAUGGUGGACCAUCAUCCGUGCGGCAAUCAUGGGCAGUCGAUAUGGAAUCCUCAAUCGAGAAGAAAUCUUUGACGCCCUCCAACGUCGUUGGGAAUACUUUCGAUCCACCUCUGAUCAAGCUACUCGAGUCUGGAAAUCCGCCGUCGGUCAUAAUCUCAGUGUCAAGGAAUGCUUUGUUAGGGUUCAUGUUCAAGGCAAAAAAAAUGUUAGCUAUUAUAUCGUCGAUACCGCUGUCGAUCCUGCGAAAGGAAGAUUGUCAAAAGCCAAAAAUUCCACUACUUCCGCUACAGAUCGAAUGUCAAUCCCAACAAUUAGUCGCAAACUAGUCUUACCAUCCGAUUUUGAUCUCUCAAUUCAAGCCCGAUGGUCACCAGCAAUAGCAGCCAUACGAAAUGCCAAGCAUGGAUAUCCCACAACGAAUCAGAUGCGAGUUCGACAAACCUCAAGUUCGAGUCAUUCACAAACAGAGCAUCAUUCGGGGACCGAUAGCUCGACGGAUUCCGAGACGGAAUCGGAAGAUACGACGACAGAGACCGAGCCGAUUACGACCCCCAACGGUCGCUCAAACCCUCGCCGACUGGGCUCUUCUCUGAGUGCGAUUAUCGAGACCAGCAGUACUCGAAGAGCUCCGCCGGUCCCUCGUCUCGCCUUCUCGCGCUCCCUCUCCAACGCCUUGGUCGCUGCUCCCCCUCCCUCUCGACGCCGGAACCUCUCUGCUCGCAAUUCCUCUUCCACCGCCACCCUCACCCGGCCUCCGAGCUCUUCUCGACCCUCUUUUCCCGCUCGACCGCUCAUCCCUCCCUCCACUCCACAGCCUAUCUCGACCUCUCACUCCGACUCCCAUCCUCACUCCCCACCCGACUUCUCUUCCUUACAAGAUCACGUCAAUGCCGCCCUUGCUGAUGUCGCUGCCUGUCUGCCAGAGAUUGAAUUCCAUAACAACUCUCAAACUGAUACUCAUGAUCAAGAAGAAGCUCCUCCUCAUGGUGGGGGUGGGGGUGAUAUUGGUCAAAAUACGAUGAUCGAUAUCCAUUCCUCAAUCUUUGACCCGCUUCCAGAGAUCGAUCUGGACGCUAUUCUUAGAGAAGCUCAAGCUGAAAUUCAAGUCGAAAAUCAAACUCAAGUCUCUUCUGAAAACCAACCUGAUCAAGAUCUUGUGGGACCAGAGGAAGCUCAAGAAAAUGAAGAGGAGAAGGAGAAAGAUCAGGCGCAGGAGAAUGUAGAGAAAGAGAAGGAAAAGGAAGAUGAGGACAGUUUGGUGCCUACGGCCGCUGAUUUCGAUCGAUUAUUGGCGUCGAUGAUUUCUGAACAUGGUGCCAAUAGUCCCGCGAAUCAGACCAUUGUUAUGGAGGAGAAUAGGGGUGUGAGUGUGGGAUCUAAACGAACGACAGAAGAGGCGGGGUUGAGCGAUUUAUUACAAGAUUUGAUUGAUGAAGCUCAGCAACAACAAGGCCACCAAGAAAGCCCACCAGAAGCAGGAGAGGCGUCUGAUGCACAAGGGUUUUGUGGAGGAGGAGGAGGGGAGGAGGAUGAGUCGAGGGAAGAGGCGAUGAUGGAGGCCUCGAGGAUGCUCGAGAUGGAGAUUGAGGAAGCCCUGAAACGGGCCGAGGAACAGGAGAUGAGACGGGCUGAAGAGAUCGAACGGCAGAGGGAGCUGUCAAUGAAUGUGUCUCAACAGCAGCAGAUGACGACGACAAGGGCAGACGACAUACCGGUCCAUCCGGCCGCGGCGGACAUCCCGGUCCAUCCUCUCCCGCCGUCCGAGCCAGCAGCCGCACCAUCGGCGGCUGUCGCGGCUCCUUCUCGCGCCCGGCCGACGCCCCGGGCUCGCUCGGAUCGAAGGACCACACACAAUCGCCCCUCGUCCGUCCGCUCUGUCCGGCCCCCGGUCAUCCGGCCUACCCUCCUCCGUUGUCUCCCCAACCCCCCGUCUACUACUUCUUCGUCUUCGACUGCUAAUUCUACUGCUGCCUCGUCGUCCUCGUCGUCCAGUUUAAUCGAUCGGAGGACGAGGGCUUCGGGCUUACGUACGGUCGGCCGAAAACUGAACUUGCCGCUACCUUCUUCACACACGCUUCCUCCACUUGACUCCUCCUCCUCUUCUUCUAACCAUCCUAUCUCCACUUCAACUCUUUCUCAACAAAAACAAAAUUCUUCUGCCUCUGCGUCGCCUGGUGGAGCAGGAGGAGACGAAUUGUCUGCUUUGACGCCCGGCUUCUUGGACUCCAUUCCCGUCGUCUGUCUCCAGAAACCUAAGGCCACGUUUCCUGAACUCGCUAAAGAAGCUAUCCUGGCUCAUCCUGAUGGAAAACUUACUGCUGCUGAAAUCUUUAAAGUGCUUGAAAAAAAAUAUCCGUAUUUUGUGGAUGCGGCAGAAUCUUGGAAAGCUACGUUAAGAAAUGUGCUUACUUCGCACUCCUGUUUUGUCAAAAUCCCAAGACCUCCUGAUGCGCCUGGUCGAGGAGAUUGGUGGGCUACGGUAGAUCUUCCUCUUUGGAAGAGGAGGAGGACGACGGCAAAAGCUAAACAAGAUGAAGAUUUUGUUGGCCGUCAUGCGCGAGAACACAGUCGUCGACAAUGUUCUUCCAGUACUCCCACCCCCACUCCCACCUCCACCCGACCCACCACCGCCAGAACAACAGGAUCAACAGUAGGACCAGGAUCGACUAGAAUAGGGGCCAUGGUCGGCACUCCUUCGAAUCCGACUGGUCAGCGAACUCCAUCGACUCUUCCUUCGUUGUCUUCCGAUGCUCAACAUAACAUAGCUCAGGAUCAUCUAGGCCAGCUUGAAAACCGGACCCAGAACGAUCUCCUCGUCCAUUCUGAUCCUAUCUUUCAUCAUCUUAAUCUCGCUCGUGGUCAGCUUCCUUCGGAGUCUCCUUCGGGCUCCGGCUCGAUUCCGAUCGAACCUUUGCUUCUUCUUCUGGGCGGCUCUUGAGUCGUCGUCGUUGUUUUUGUUGUUUAGAUUUGCUUGGUCUUGUUGUAGUGUCGUCCUUAUUGUUAUUAUCGUCGUGCUUCUCAGUCUAACAAACGCACAAAAAACUCAAUGCAUGAAGUUUUAAUGCAUUUUUACAUUGCAGGUAUUUAUCUCGUUUUAUAUCGUUCUUUUUUUUUGAAAAACAAAAAGGGUUCUGGGCAAUGGCUUU